GUAAACGAAAUCUUCCGAUACUGGCUGGGGGAUUAACUCUGGUUGUCAAAAUAGAGUUAAACGGCACGGAAUAAUGGAUAAAAGCCCAACAAAGACAAGUAUCCGGACCAAAUUCGCUAGACACCAGCCAAUUUCUGAUGUAGAUACUACAGAACAAUCGAGUUCAUGCAUUAAAAAAGAUGAUCGAGGUCUCAGCAGUUUUGGAGUUCAAUCAUCAGUAUUUUCUCGUCGUAGCUGUAGGAUGUCUGAACUCGAAGCGAAACCAACAAUAAUUUCCGAAGAUCAACGUAUAGCCGUGCGCAGCGAGAUUGGGGGCUCUUUUUCUGGCUUCGAUGACAAAGUUGAUAAUGUUUUCCACUCAAAUAAUAAUUUGCAUGGAUCACCAUCUACAACGGAAUUGGAAUGUCCUGGGAUAAUGAAUCCGAGAUUUCUCGUGGGCAGAUCUCUAAAUUCUAGAUCACGAGCAGUAACUCGUGGAAGCAAGAGAACCUCGAAUGUCAAAGAAAAUGAAGGGAGCAUCCACCGUUCUGAUGAUCAAGUAUCAACUGAAAACUGUUCGGCAAAAGAUGAGGAACGUGACAGAGAUUCCGGUGGUGUUUCAAGCUAUGGAAACAAAAGAAGCGAUGAAUUCUGCGGUACCUCUCCAAUCCUUGAAGCAAAAGGUUUUGGAAUCAGCAAUACAUGUUUCAAUUGCAAGAAGUAUGGACAUCGUGCAACAGAAUGCUCCGCCCCACAACGUGAAUGUGCUAAUUGUGGUGAUCCGAAUCAUCGUGCAAAUGAGUGCGCAAGCUGGUCGAAAAACGGAGUUCAAGAGCCGACAAAGGUCACCUAUGUGCCAGUCGUGGACAAGAUGGAGGAGGUAUUUAGCAUGUUGAAGAUUAACGCUGGAGAUUUCUUUGACAAGUUCUUUGACGCUAGCGUUCAACUUGUGUCACGUGGACAGCCGGUCACCAUUCAACCAUGUAAAAGUUUUUCCGAUUCCGAUAUUCCUCAAAGUAUGAGAAGAAACGUGGAGAGAGCAGGUUAUACCCGAACAACUCCGAUUCAACAAUAUACACUUCCACUUGUUGCUGAUGGCAAAGAUAUCCUUGCUUGUGCUCAGACUGGAUCGGGCAAAACUGCAGCAUUUCUUUUGCCGAUUAUGUCUCGUCUAAUUUUGGAAAAGGAUUUGAAUUAUGGAGCAGAAGGAGGUUGCUAUCCACGAUGCAUUAUUCUUACACCAACUCGAGAGCUUGCUGAUCAAAUUUACAACGAGGGCAGAAAGUUUUCCUAUCAAUCUGUUAUGGAAAUCAAACCAGUCUAUGGCGGAAUAAAUGUAGGAUACAAUAAGAGCCAGAUUAUGAAAGGAUGUACUAUCAUUGUUGGAACAAUUGGACGUGUUAAACAUUUUUGUGAAGAUGGCGCUAUAAAACUCGAUAAGUGUCGAUACCUGGUCCUAGAUGAAGCAGAUCGAAUGAUUGAUUCAAUGGGAUUCGGACCAGAAAUUGAGCAAAUUAUCAACUAUAAGAAUAUGCCCAAAAAUGAUAAACGACAAACAAUGAUGUUCAGUGCCACAUUUCCCAGCAGCGUCCAAGAAGCUGCUCGUAAAUUGUUGCGUGAAGACUACACAAUGAUUACAAUCGAUAAAAUUGGAGCCGCCAACAAAUGUGUCAUUCAAGAGUUCGAGUUGUGCGAUAGAACAUCAAAAGUGGAUAAGCUUUUGAAGCUUCUCGGUAUCGAUAUUGACACCUACACCACCGAGAAAAAUUCUGAUGUCUUUGUGAAGAAAACGAUUGUAUUCGUUGCUCAACAAAAAAUGGCAGACACUCUGGCCAGUAUCAUGUCGGCAGCCCAAGUUCCAGCGAUUACAAUUCACGGUGCUCGCGAGCAAAAAGAACGGUCGGCUGCUUUGAAAUUGUUCCGAAGUGGAGCUAAGCCAGUGCUCAUCGCCACGGCUGUUGUUGAGCGUGGUCUUGACAUUAAAGGUGUAGAUCAUGUUAUUAACUACGACAUGCCAAAUAACAUUGAUGAUUAUAUCCAUCGAAUUGGCCGAACUGGACGAGUCGGAAACUCGGGAAGAGCAACUAGCUUCAUAUCAUUGGCAGACGAUGUUCAAAUUCUGCCGCAGUUGGUGCGAACUCUAGCUGACGCCGAACAAGUUGUGCCAAGCUGGAUGAAGGAAGCUGCAGGAGGGACCUCCAAUCCUAAUAAAUUCGAAAAAUCUAUUGAUACCGAGGAACCGGAGGAAGCUUGGUGAAGCAAUGUAUUCUAAAUUUAAUUUCUGCAAAAUAUCAAUCUUGACGUAUUAUUUUUCUGAUAAUGUUCAGCCCCCUUUUAUUCCCCAAAAUAUCUGAUCGUCUUGGCAUUUCAACUUUAAAUUUCCCGAAUUUUUAAAAUAUAUUUUUUGUUGUUAGGUUUAUAUGUUCAUUUUUGUUUUCAAUAGUUGGAAUGUUUAUAAAUUCAGAUCAGUAUUCAAUCAAUGUCUCGUAAAUCUGAUAAAUUUUUGUUUUAAUUAAA